CCACAACCGCCGCUCCUUCACACCACUCGCCUCCGAUCCGCCGUGCAAUAUUCUGCCACUCACUCGGAACGACGCUCUCCUGCCGGCGGACAGUGGACAAAGGACGGCGACAUCGGCAUGGGCGUGUAGCGCCGACUGAGACGCCGCCCCCAAGAUGGGUCAAGGAGCCUCGCGUCACUCGCCCGAGCAGGCGACGGCGGGCAGAAUACAGCAGCGCACCACGAGCGACGAGUCCACCGACGAUGGCGGCCUUCUCGAUAAUACGCGGCGGCGGCGGCGGACCAACGCCAACCGCAUUUCCCAACUGUUCCGCUCGAGCGACACCGAAAGCAUGAGCUCGCGAGCAGCAGACACCCCACAGCCCAGUCGGAGAGGUACUCUCGUACGGCGGACGCGCUCACGAUUUCAGGAGAUGCUGCACCGGAACAACAGUGCCGCUUCCCGGCCCGGACUCUUCUCACAUCUACAACGUGCUCAGUAUAGCCGUAGGGUACCGGGCGAUCACGACGCGGAUGAGAACGAUGACGAUUUCUUCGAGGCACCUCGACUGCCUUCGAUCGAUAUGUCUUCAACCUUUGACGACGACGCGACAUUUGGUUCACACGUAGAGCCAGUGUCUUCGCAUGCCCGGAGCGAUGCCUCCAGUCGAGGACCCACGAGACGACUCAAUGCCUUUCGACCCGAUAGACCGCUGCGGCAGCUCACAUCCUCCUUACGCCGACGACGCUCGCCUGGCCCCUCCUCGUCUAUCUCUAGUAUGCGACCGGGUAGGAGCGAGGAUCAGGCCGCCAUGCUGAGUAGGUUGUUGAGCGUUGCAGCUGCGGCUACGGCAGCCACGCUUAUGGGCGACGAUCACAACGCGUUGCGUGAAGCGAGGAGUCUGACAGGAAGCAGCGGACUCGGCGAUCUCGGUAGCAAUGGUGAGGACGGUAGCUUCGACGGCUUUCUACGUGCUCUGCAGAACGGCCGCAUAGCAUCUGCACUUCGACAGGGCGGCGGUGAUGGUGACGCAGAGUCGGGAAACCCAGGCGCACCGUUGAACUUCUUUCGCAUGUUCCGCUUUGGCGCAUCGGAGCCUGCAGAACCUGUCAUUGGUGAAAAUGGCCAGCCGAUCGAAGGUGAGGGACGAAUGGUGCCGAUCAUCAUAGUAGGUAUUCGGUCUAUUUCGCCCAACUCCAACUCAGGUACUGGCUCGCCAAGUGAAGACCUCCCACCCUUCAUCGACGCACUGGGCAACUUCCCAUCGCCUCUACCACCCCAUGCGAUGGGCACCCACGGUCAUGAUAGCAUUGAUUCAAUAUUGCGGCCACCACAGAAUGGGACUUCGUUCAGACAUCGAAGGAGAGCCAGUAUGGGCGGAUUCGGAAUGGGGAGGAGUAGGCUGAGCGAUAGAAUGGAUGACCAGCGAGACCACCGCUCACCGGACAGGAUAGAGCGGAGGCGGCAGCGACCCUGGAGCGUGGCUAGUUCAAGUUCGAACAAUUUCGAGCCGAGGCCACCACCAGCGACGCCAGCAAGUCCGAGUCCUGAGCUGAGUCGGAUAUCGAGCAGGAAUACCACACCCAGUCACUCAAGGCCGACCUCACUCGUGGCCAACAGCGUGCGAGAGUUUGACAUAUCUCGUCACAACAGCAUCCUACACAGAACAACAUCAAGUCCGCUGAGUGCCCAUACUGAGGAGACGGGAUCAAUUCGCUCAACGCACUCAGGCACUGGCCUACUCGGCGAUACAGAGCCGUAUCGAAUACAUCGUCGAUCAGACACAGCGCCCAAUAUACAUUACCCCCGGUUCGCUUCUGGUCACCCUCGGCGUAACGGCGUUGUCGAGCCUGACAACUUACCACCACUGUCGCGCUCGUCCUCGAAUAACAGCGAUGGCACGAGUGAGAACCGGAACAGCAACAGCGAUUCUAGAAGCUGGAUCAUUUACGUUCUCGGUGGCUCUUAUCCUGAAAAUCAUCCUAUCCUCACCACACCCAGUCUGUUCACCGAGAACCCUACGUACGAGGAUAUGAUGCUACUUUCGGCUUUACUCGGACCUGCCAAGGCGCCUGUGGCCAGCGAGGACGAUGUGCAGAAUGCAGGCGGCGUCUACAACAUUGAGACCAUCGAGCUCACCGAUGAUGCUGCUAAGACUGCCCAGCUGGUUGCUACUGCCGCAGAAGGCGGCGAACAGGUCAUGCUGGAUGCUGAUCAGCGUUGCCUCGUUUGCUUGUGCGAUUUCGAAGUCAAGGAUGUUGCACGCAAACUUGUCAAGUGCAACCACUUGUUUCACAAGGAGUGUAUCGACCAGUGGCUGACCACCGGGCGCAAUUCUUGCCCGCUUUGUCGCGAGACAGGCGUUGAUGCAGCAAAGAGCGAAAAUGAGACCGAAGAAGAAGGCAGCGCGCCUCCAGCCGACGUCUCUGCCACUGGUGAGACAGCGGUCGGCGCACAGGAGGUGGCAGCAAUUGGAGGCUCGUAGAGUGAGCCCACUUCUAAUACCAGAGGAGCGGCAAGAGAUGAUUCUGUGAGACAUGCUGCGUUUCGAAGAUACCCAUCAACCUUCGUUGGAAUCGGCAAUACAGUGGCGAAGUAUCAUAUACAGUUUUUUUCAGUGUUUACCUGCGCGGCGUUGGGACUGGACGAGAAGGAAGCGUUUGCAAAGCGAGCGAGAGGAUUUGACGAGGCAGGCGGGGCCUCGCGGCGGGCCCGUUGUUGCUCUUUACUGCCUAUAUGGGCUUAUACAGGAUGGUCACCGGCGUAAUGGCGACGUGAGCCUUUACUGCGCCUUUCGGCCACUCACGAUAUCACGACUCAACUGCUUUCCGAUACGAGGACUGCAAGGACAUAACAUUGCAUUGCGGCGCAGAGCUGCUGUCGCACCAUGUAGCUGAACAGUACAGUUUCUGCUG